AUAAUCGAGUAGAUGAGCAGGAGCAGUUUCUCCUUGGACAACCCAUGAAUGAUAGCCCAAAUAUUGAACUCAUUCCAACAGGUGAGGAGUCAGCCCUUCCUUCUUCACAUUAAUCCUUUCACACUCUAACAUCAGUAUGCAUAUUCUCCAUACUAUUCUCUAUACAUUUCCUAAUGUGCUGGCAAGGAAGUUUGUUUAACAAUCAUGAGAUUCUUCAGUUCAUUAUCAUUUCCUUUAUUCUCACGACCUUAAUGUUUGAUUCAGGGGUGAUAUUGAAAGGAGAAAUUAGGUGAUGCUAGUCACUCUCAGGGAUUAAAGAGUUAAUCCUGAAUUCUCCGAAAAAGAAAAUAAAUAAGCCGAAUUACUCUCCCUCUGUAGUCUUUUAAAUGCAAAAACUUUCAGCACAGGCUACUGAAAGUUUUAUCGACGCCUCGUUUAUCCUUUCGAGAUAACACAGUUAGCAAUGUUAAUGAUAUUAUGUACAGUGAUUGUGUGGUGGCGAGAGUUACUCUCAGAGUGAAGGAAACCAGUGGCAGAUCACGCAUUUUCCUAGCUAAAAUUUGCUUAUUGUCUUGUUGCAACUUUAAUGUUACAAGUCGCAGUUCUCUUUUUAAACUUAACUCUGUUUUUCAGAUUGUGAUGUCUCCGAAAUGUUUACGCUUCGUAAUGGAAAUGAACUAAUGCUGCACAAAAUUCAAGACAUGCUUGAUCCAAAUCCACCGCUAAAGAAAAAUUGGCGACAAGUGGGACAUCAUUUAAACGUUACCGAGGGAGACUUAGACUUACUGGAACUUCAAUAUAAGUCAAACGGCAGUCCUACGGAGAGUCUUAUAGAAACAUUGAAGAAUUUUACACCAGAGCCUUCAAUGAAAAAAUUUGUCGAAGCUCUGAUCAGUUGUGAAAGAAGUGACGUGGCCAAAUAUAUUUGUAACUGGCCAUGGGAGAAACGUAACUGUACUGAACUGGAGAACCAUGAGCAACCAGAUACGGUCCAGCAACCAUCCUAAGGAUAUUUUUCUCCCCAGUCAGCAGUUCUUUUGAAGGUCACACAAUCAGCGCAACCCAAGUGCGUUCCGUGACAUCCGAAUACUAGCCCCAGAUUCUGGAACGUUCAAUUUCUUAUCUAAUUACUCUAAUUUAGAAACUGUGUUAAUUUACUGAAUUUAGUUCUUUAGAAAAGUUUCUAGAUCCUUGGACUUUAUGUAUAUAAGAGCGAUAGUUUUAUCAAAAAAUAAACAAAACAAAACAAAAAAACAGAGAAUUGUGAAGAAGCUUAGUGCUGUUAAGUCGAGAAGCCAACUACGUGAAAAUAAAUCAGUUUGUUGCUGUUACCGACGAUCCUGAGUUUUGUCUAGGAACAACCCUGCUCUACAUCGACACCCGUAACAGUGUGUUAUGGCGCGUUGUCAUCGGUGCAUUUUGAUCCUUAUUAGUAUUCUGAGAAUUAGAUGUUCUACCCUCUUAGGUCUGCUUUGUUACCCAUUGCCCGUAAUGGUUUUUGAAAAAGAAAUACACCCUUCUUGAUAAUACAACUUCACUUUUUUCGAUGGUCAGCUUGGCAGAUGAAUAAUUAACAAUGUGUUCAACAAUUAAUGCGUUCAGAAAUGUUUAAUAUAUUUUUGUCCAUUGUGACAAACUAUUAAGGUAAUUUAUGUUUAAAUAUUUUUUAUCAUUUAAAUAUCUAAUUGUAUCUAAUUGUUUAUUCCUACGGGGAUUUGUAAUUGUCUUUCUAGAAAAUAAUACAUGGCGCGCGUAGAUAUAGAAUUUCUCGUCGAGUGUUCGGUUCGAUAGCCUACGAGUGAGCACAGUUGUUCCUGAGAAAUUUCCAACUCUGAUGAUUAGGUGUCUUAUGCUAACUUUCUAAUUAUCUGUACACCUCGUAUACCUCGUAUCCUAUCUUCAUCAUAAUUUUAUAGAGAUUUUUGUAGUCGUCAUAAUUUUAUACAGAUUUUUAUAGUUUGAUAUUUAGACAUUAGAGAAACAUUUUAUAGUUUGAUAUUCGUUUUAUAAUUAAAGAACACCUGGCAUACCUAGCAUUCCAUUUUCGUUAUAAUUUUAACAAUUUUUUUGAAGCUUGAUAUUUAGACAUCAGAAAGACAUUUUAUAGUUUAACAUUCAAUUUUUCAUUAGCUUUUUAUGUACACGUCAUACACGUAGUAUCUUAUUUCUGUUUAUAGACUUUAUUUUGCCCGAAUAUAUCCUCGUAUAUUUGUCUUUGGACAUUAUCAGUUCCUCGAAUUUCCCUGGAAAAGAAAAGAGAGUGUUCAGAAAAUAUGUUUGGAAAGUGGAGAAAAUGGAGUUCUUAUUCUAUCGAGUUGAAUAAUCACCUUCCGUGAUUAUAACUUAGAGAUGAAGAAAAGCUUAGAAAUUACGAUAGCCGUCUAAUCUUAACCACUUUGGAUUGCGAGCCUCAAGCUUCAUAAAAUGAUCAGAACCGUUCGACUUCUUUCAAAAAAUACGGCAAUAACCACUGAGUGUAUUAUUUAUUUCAUAAACACGAUAUAUUUUUUUCUUUCUUUACCCGUACGACCUUUACACUCCCAAAGAAUAGACUGUGUUUGAGGUUGACCGUCACUCGCAUGAAUUUGGUUUGUUGCGAUGACGCUGCAACUUCGAGGAAAAUAACAACCAGCGUUUCCACUGCACAACACUACAUGCCUCCAAAGUAUCAUGAGGUAAAGAAGCACCAGGAACGUCCUCUUCCUCUAGAAUUACCGUUUUAUUGUUACUAUUAAACUCAACAGAAGUACUCUAUGUAGCCGCCAUUAUUUUAGUUUGUCCAGCUCAACAAUCCAUGCAUGCCUUGCGACCCGAUUUCGGUCCCAGGUCUCAACUCGUUUUGUUACCGCAUGAAUAAAUUUGUUUGUUGCGUUGACACUGCAGCUUCGAGGAAAAUAAUUAUUAAAUCGACCGAGGGAAGUUAAAAAAACUAGAGUAAAAGAGCUUCAUGCCGUUUCCAUCGAAUAUUCCAUUUUGUUCGACGUCUGUGCACUUCUUUUUGCUAAGUCAGAGGUGUACGACGAUGAAUGCAUGAUAUUGGGCACGCAGUAGGUCAAGGGAAGGGGAAUCUCCCUUCGGCGACCCGCUCACUCCAUAAAUAGUUCGCUAAACGCCCACUACAAAAAAAAAAACUCGGUGUCACGUACAGGAAAUCCCUCAACCGUGGAUGAAUGAUUAAUCAAUUUAGAAUGAACUUUUCCGUCUUUUGCAAGCCCAUAACUCCCCUCUGCCAUUAAGACUGUUCAUUAGGGCUAAACAAAAGCGUUUUAAGUAUAACGGCUCUAUAUCGAUGGAAAUUUAUGCUAUCGAGACCGACAACUCCAUAAUUUUCAGCAUGGAGAGUACAAAAUUGAAGCAGUACAGAUCGGUAAGUGAACAAAAGUGAUUGAACUCUUAAAUUUACACUUGCUCGAUCUACAGUUGUUUAACUAUGUUCUGGUAUACUUUCGGCGAGAUUCAACUGAGUUUGCAUGUUUAUUUCUUGACACAGGUUAACAAAGGACGCAAACUCAGUUAUGAUGACAAGCACAGCAUGAAAGGCGCUAUUAAGGUAAGAGAAUAUUUGUAGGUAUCGUAUUUAUUCGAUGAAACAUCUCGGUUGUUGUAUGGUAAAUGUACUAUCUUGAUCUUUGAAUGAAAGACAGUUGAAUUGGAGCAAUGAAAGGAGUACCUUGACCAAUGAACAACUCUAAAAUGCACACGGCAACACGCUGGGUAAGCCAAAAAGCAGGAGGUAGUCGAUCGUUAAAAGGUGUCGAUAGGCUUGUGCGACUCCUGUCAUUCGCUUGCGCUUUUAAAUCUUCUUACCUGAAAGCUUAGCUGUUAUUAGGACAUCUUUUAAUGACUUUCGUUGGCGAUGUGAUUAUAAGGGAAUGACAUGAAGUGUAUGGCAUGUAAAAUAGUUCGCGCAUUACUGUAGAAGGUCGCUGUCUCUUUGUAAUGCGUUUCAUGUCAAGGGUCGAUUCCCCGUUAAAUAACUCGCGAAUUUGAUAUUAUUCGCACAGCCAUCCACUGUGAGUGUAACUGCCGCCAAAUGAAUUAAUUCUCAGGCAAGGCUGAAGUUUCCAUCCUCUCUGAAUCUCUCUAGUUGCCUCCUAAGAACGAAUAUGCUUAGGAGAAAUAUCUAAGGAAUCGCGCAAACGGGCAAACACUAGUUAUAGUUUGUUAGGGGUCAGAGUAUGCAAAUUUGUCACUCACUUAGAUGUAAAUAAGUCGAUAUGUCAACGGCAGACCAAUUGAUUUUCCGAAAUAAUACAUAUCGACUUAAGACUUUCAGAAGUAAAUGCCGCGACGUUGAAAUAUAAUUCGACCAUUCAUCGAGGAAGUUUCGACCAAUACUCGUCGCAGUCAGCAUAUGUGAAAGCGAGUCAAAGCUGUGUUAAAGUUUUGACAAGUACUAUGAGUGUAGACGCUAAAUGCGAAGAGUCUUUGACUCUUUGAGACGUUUGCUCGUCGAUCCUCCAAGCUUAUAGGGGGUUUAUAAAUGGUGAGCCUUUUACGAGUGAAUCUGAAGAGCGAAACUUUGAUCGAACUGAUGAGGGAACCUAUGAGCACCCAUAUCAGCUUAAGUAUGAAUCAACGUGAGGUCAAACAAAGCUAUUAGAAACAUCAGUAGCACACUAACUAAUCAGUCCAUGAUAUCCCACCAAAACACUCUUGUGGCCAAGCAGAACGAAACGCAGUCAGAAGACUGAUCUGAUGGUAACAGAAAUCAAACCGGAAAAUUACAGGAACGAAGAAGUAGGUCAAAGUCUAAUCCUUAGCAAACGCGUCCGCCAUGAUAGAGAACCAUCAAGAUUAUAGUGGAAGAACAUUCUAAACUUUUUUAAAAAUGGUAGAGCAGUUAAGAGGUAUGUAAGGUCUCAUAUUUUGCAUGGUGUACCACAUUUGUCAGCGUUGAAAACGAUUUUAUCGUUCAGUUAACGUUUGAUUACCAUAAUUAUCUUAAAACUAGAAUGUGUAGAGGUAAACUAAUUGGAAUCACUCGUGCUAAAGGUUCAAGGUUGUAUUUUGCCAUUGAUCAUGUUAAUGUUUUCAAAACAAGAACUGCACAGCAUAAAAAGACAUGUAAAAAUCAGUUGUUUUUCAUGAUGAAUUUGAACAUGUUGUUUAAUGUUAUACAAUAAAUUGUGAGAAACGAAAUCACAAGUAUUUUGUUUCAAGGGCAAAGUUACUUACUUCAGGUGAUAUUGAGUUAAACCCGGAACCUGUUACUCACGGAAAUAGUCCGAACAAUCUUAAUGAGUUGUUACAAUCUCAGUUAACUUAACAUGGCUAUAGAAUAUUAGAUGUUGGUGGCGCCGGUGAUUGCUCCUUUAGAGUUAUGUACCAUCAGUUGUAGGGUGAACCUAGCUAUCACAUGAAUGUUCAUAGUACUGGUGUUCAAUAUAUGAGAAACAAUUCAGAAAGAUUCAUCGAAAGUAGUAAAGACCAUUCAUGGUCAAGGUGUUAACUAAUAUAUCAGGGUACAUGGGCUGAUGCACUUGUCAUUCAAGAAUGGAGUGAGUAAAUCAUUCACAACCUGCAGCACAUUCAUACAAAUUUUACAUUAGAAAUCUGCUAUAGUAUACGCUUUAAUGGCAAAAAGUAAAGUUAAGGAAUGGUGUAGGUUAAACGAUAGCCAGCAUGUGAAUUCUGACUAUUCACUCAACAUCACAAGAGCAGUUCCAAGAAAUUCCAUGUAGUUUUAACUCUAUCCAAGAGUUACCCAUUGGCUACCCAUGUUUACGUGUAAAAGUGUAUGUUAUUGUAAAGAGGAAUUAUCUCCAAAAUCCAUUAAAACGUAAUGUAUCCGUGACUCAGUUAUUCACAAUUUCCUACGAUCUAUAUUGUUCUCAAUUUGACAAUUUGCAUGUUAAUACUACUGCAAUACAUAAAGAGAAUAAAGAUCUUAUGUUGGAUAUGCUUUCUCAACAUCAGAACUGAUACAUUCAAAAGGAGUUGUGUUUGAUUCACUCAAAAUUUCCAAUUGUUAUUGAAGCAAUGAUCACUGUGUGCUUUUUGAGUUUAUUAUUUAAAUAAACAGUGCAUGUUGAUGCAGCAUUUAUUCGUGGGCAGUGUUUAUUAAUAUUUUGGUUUUAAAAUGCGGCAUGUAUUUUAGGGCAGCAUUUAAUGAAAUAAAUAUGGUACUUGUUGGUAAGGCAUGGGUAAAUUAUGCUGCAUAAUUUUGAAGAUAACUAGGCAUCUUGCAUAGCAAGAAUUACGCCACCAUAAAGCUGCCUUUCAACUAGGAUUUUCAGCAGAAUUUUUGAAAACUAGCAACACAGACUGAAAGCAAUCAAACAAGUUAAUAAAUAUGGAGAUAAUUUCCCACUGCUGUGUUACAGAGUUGCUCACACUUGGUUAUCUCUGCUGAAAAUAUUGAAUAACUUGUUAGGUUUUUAUGAAAUGUUAAAAUUCAUUGUUGUUUGAAAAUAUUGUACUUGAAGUUAUGUUUUGAUUAAACAUGUAAUGUAGCUCUAACCAACAUUUAUAGCAUACUUUUUCUCUUUGUCUAAUAUUUCUGAACAUAAUUUGUGCAGGUUUGCAAUUAUUGCAAUUAAUAGAUGCUGAUAUUUUUAUCUUAGCUGAUCCUGUUACUAAUAUUGUGGUCACGAUCUGUGUCUGGAAGGCCAGCAAGAUGUUCCCUUGCGCAAAAUUUCUUACGAUACUUUCCCGAUGCUCCAGAAGCUCAAAUGGAGUGCAAAGCAUGUCCUAAGUGCCCAGCAGGAAUGGGACUCACACCAUUAUGCGGUUCAAAGAUUUCAAACUACACCAUCAUCAAAUGUGAACCUUGCAGAGAGAAUGUGACUUUCUCUGAGACACACAGCAUUGAAAGCUGCAGACCCUGUCAUGACUGUGGAUUAAGGAACAUUAUCCAGCAGUGUACCCUUUAUCAAAACCGUCGAUGCGGAAACAAGUGCCCUGAAAGACAUUUUCUGGGUGACAAUGGUUUUUGCCAUGAAUGCUAUUUUUGCUGCUCCAACAUCCCCGAGUCUUCCAGGCUAAAAAAAUGUAAAGACAUUGGAAUGAGCAGGGACUGGCAGUGCCUCAAAUCCCAAACGAAUGGGCUUUGCAAGGAAAUAAGGGAGAAAAAUGCAGAAAAUGCUACUUCAACUACUCAUGACGUAACCACACCUACUUCUAGUGCUGAUCUCGCUGUCUUUGAUUUUAACUUGAACUUGACUGGUAUGGUUUCAAGUGAAGAAGACACCAGGAAACCUGUAUUCAAAUCCGAAAAAAACAAUUCACUUCCAGCAACAACAAAGACAGGUACAGACAAGAGGUCAACAAAAGAAGAAGGAGAAACAGUGACAUCUACAUUUAUAGCCUUGAUAGCUAUUGGGACUGCCAUUAUAUUAUUUAUUUUUUUUUUGGUGCAAUCAUUUACUACUGCUUUAAACGUUCGCAUCCAAACGGUAAGAAAAAGAUAUACUUUUUUUCUUUUUAAUUGCGCAAGUAUAUUUUGUAACAUUUAUGGAAUAAGUAGACCCUUUGAGAAAAUUGAGUAAUUUAAUGAAUUCUUAUCAUAAUCAUGUUUAAGUGCUAUUUCACACGGAUGUACACAAAUUGAAACUUAGAAAAUAGUGAUUAUACUAUGACCAUCAUAUGUCAAUUGUCCUCAAGCAGGAGUCCAUCACCCAGAGCCACCAUACCAAUUAUACCAUUGAGUCAACCCUGUCCUGUAUCUUUUUAUUUUGAGACAAUAAUUUAUGCUAUGUUGCAGUUACAAAUUCCAACGAGCGUAUACCUCUGAGAGGUAUGGAAGGUGCCGAAGAUAGAGAUGUCUCAACAGAAACCGCAGAAGGUAAUGAUAACCAUCAUGAUAUUUAUGCACCACGCAUUCUGCUGACAAGCUUUUGGACAAAAAUGAAUCUAUUUCAAGAUGUACAUCUCUUGAGCAGACUUUUCUUCAAGAGGGGAGAAUUGACAAUCAGAUCUUGAGAAUCAAAGAGUUAAUAAUCCCUUUAACUCUCCAGUUCUAACUGUUAAUUUUCCCCUCUAGCUGCUACACAUUUCCCUUUAGUUUUGUUACAAGAAUUUGGUUUGGGAUCAAGAUAACCUCUACCUGAUAAAUUUGAUUAUUCUCAUUACCUAUUUGCUGGAUAAUGUAUGGAUAUUACAGGAAGAAGUUGCAUGUUAAUCACUUCAGGGAGUUGGGGGAUUAAGAUUUUUCCAAUUUUAUGGUAAUCAGCAAGUUGUAUUCUGGAUUACUGAAGUGCUUCUUAAUUUUAUUUUGUCUCUCAAAUGUGCUAGAAGGUAAUGACAAUCAAGAGCCUCUCAUUAGUGAGCUUAGACAAGACCAGCCAAAAACUGAUCUGAUUCCAGCAGGUGAGGUGUACAUCCUGCCAUUUGGUAGACCAAGUUGAUUACUUGUUUAUUCUUGUUAUGCAAUUAAGAUCAUGUGAUGACUGUGCCAUUAGUCAUUCAGAUGUUGCAUUUCAUCUCUUACAUGUACCCUCCUCUUAGCUUGGUGCAAUAAAAUGCACAAUUGUAGCCUCGUGAGUGGGUGUUAAAAUGGAAAUAAACUUAUCCCCUGAGUUAGUCUGUAGUACCUAGACUACAGAGAUUAAGUUUCCUUCACUGCUGAACACUGUACUCCUAAAAAUAAACCAAAAAACUAUUCUUAAUCCUUGGGAAUUCUUAACAAUUGAAGCAUGCCUUUUUCCACCAAUGGUACUACAAAAAACUCUGUUAACAUUAUUAUCCAUUGAACUCUUAGAUUGCAAAGUCUCUGAAAUGCCACAGCUGCAUAACCAUGAAAAUCAAAUACUAUUGCACUAUGUGCAAAGGAUGCUGGAUCCACUGGAGAAACAGACAAAGAAAAAUUGGCGCUCUGUUGGGCAAACCUUGAAUGUUUCAGAAGAAGACUUAGACCUGAUAGACACUGAUUACAGAGCAGGAAGAAGUCCUACAGUUAGUCUUAUUGGUAAAUUAAGCACCUUUUUAACAGUGCCCUCAAUGAGAAGCUUUGUAGAAGCUCUUGUUACAUGCAAAAGGUAUGAUGUGGCCACCCAUAUUUGCAACUGGCCAUGGGAGUUACGCACUAUACAAUGA